AUGCAAUUCAAAUCAAUUCUAGCAGUGCUCGUUUCAGCACUCAUUGCUCUUCCAGCAACCACGGCUGCACGUAUUUCCAAGAACACUUACAGCGACAUCUAUGCUCCAGAAUCCUAUGGUGAUGUGGUUAUAGAUCGCGGGGUCUUUUGGUGUGUUUUUGACGCCAAUUUAGGAUUUGGGGGAGCCUUUAUCAACCAUGGAUCGUUUUAUUUGUUCCAUGACCGUAGAACGGGGACUCUUCUCAAUCUUGGGGUUGUUGGAUGCGGUUACAUCGAAAACACAGGACUCAUGUACUUCAAUUCUUUACAUGCCGGGAUCCAAAUUAACUGGACGACUAGCUAUGUGAAAAACUCGGGUGAUAUAUUCUUCAUGGGUGAAGAUGCCUUUGACAACAAAAUCAAGAUCCCAGGAGCCUGGGAAAUCACCAAGACUGGAUCUUUCAACAUGUACUUUGACUCAAGACCAAAUAGGGGUGCCGUGUUGGGAAGUGAAGGUAAAGCGUUCACCAACAAUGGACAGAUCUGUUUGAGAAAUGCAUACAUGGAUGCUGAUCCUGUUGUCUUCAAGGGCAAUGGAUGCAUUAACAUCGGCGAAGAUUCUGUUUUCAGAUACCAAAAUAGGAAUUAUAUAUUCCCUGGACAGCAAACCAUAUAUCUUUCAUCCAAGACAUCCAUGUUAUUUGUUGGUGCUGACAGACAAUACUAUGCCUACAACGUUGCUGGAUGGGGGAAUGGGAAUUACAUCGUUCACAGCUACCCAAUUACCAGCUAUUCUUAUGACACUGAAGUGGGGAUCUUGACCGUAACGGCAAAUGAUUACAAAAUGAAGUACAAUAUUGGAUUGGGGUAUGAUCCGGAUUUGUUUGAACUUGCCUCCCUUGUACCCUUGGGCACUGAUCUCGGGUUUAAUUCCAAGAUGAAUGCCGGGAUCACCUACUAUGGAGACGUUCCAACCCUCAGUACAUCAACUUCUGGAUGUAAGCCUUGUAAGGAUGAACCAAUGUUCCCACCAGUGGAGUAG